AUGGAUUCUGCCACUGAAUCAGAACAUAUAGAAAAAUUAAUAAAAGAAGCCGAAAGUUUAAAAAUAAAAUUAGAAGAUGAACGACAGAAAUUAAAUGAUAUUACUCUUGCUAGUGUAGCAGAUAGACUUGAAACAAUUACUUGUAUCAAUGUGAAACCACGUCGUGUAUUAAAAGGUCAUCAAGCAAAAGUUCUUUGUUCAGAUUGGUCACCAGAUAAACGUCACAUCGUAUCUUCCUCACAGGAUGGUAAAAUGAUAAUAUGGGAUGCUUUCACAACAAAUAAAGAACAUGCUCUUACUAUGCCAACUAUCUGGGUUAUGGCCUGUGCUUAUGCUCCAAGUGGUACUCUUGUUGCUUGCGGAGGAUUAGAUAAUAAAGUAACUGUAUAUCCUUUAAGCCAAGAAGAUGAGGUAUCAACCCGUAAAAAGACUGUUGCUACACAUACAUCUUAUAUGUCUUGUUGUGUAUUUCCUAAUAGUGAUCAACAAAUUCUAACGGGUAGUGGAGAUAGUACUUGUGCUUUAUGGGAUGUAGAAAGUGGACAACUGUUACAAAGUUUUCUUGGUCACUCAAGUGAUGUCAUGUCUAUUGAUUUAGCACCAAGUGAAACUGGUAACACAUUUGUUUCUGGUAGCUGUGAUAAAAUGGUUUUAAUAUGGGAUAUGCGGACUGGUCAAUGUGUUCAAAGUUUUGAAGGACAUCAAUCUGAUGUUAAUUCUGUAAAAUUUCAUCCAGGUGGUGAUGCAGUGGCAACGGGUUCUGACGAUGCAACUUGUCGUCUUUUUGAUUUACGUGCAGAUAGAGAAAUAGCAGUUUAUGCAAAAGAAAGUAUAAUAUUUGGAGCAAACGCAGUCGAUCUAAGCGUUAGUGGACGUUUACUAUUUGCUGGUUAUAACGAUUACACUGUAAAUAUAUGGGAUACUCUAAAAUGUCAACGAGUUGCGUUUUUAUAUGGACAUGAAAAUCGAGUAUCUUGUUUACGAGUUUCUCCAGAUGGAACUGCUCUUUCUACUGGAAGCUGGGAUUCAACUCUACGAGUUUGGGCUUAA